AUGAGCAAAACCAACGCAACACCAACACCAGCAAACCAGUCCGCAUCGGCUUCCAACGACGUUCCUGCUUCGGCAGCCUCAUCUAAACCUACUAUCAACUACGCUGCUGCUGCUGCUGCUGCUCGGCCUGCAAGUUCUAUUCGUACAGCCGCUGGACCUCCAAAUCCGAUCUCUCCAAACCCAUUACCCUCACCUUCCUCGUUUGCUUCGGCUGUUGGCUCUAAUCCUUCUCCCUCAAACCCAACCCCUUCCUCAAAUAACAACAAGCCUUCAUCUCGGCCUAUCGAUGUCUCGCCCACUACCUCGCGUCCGAUUAAUGGCUCAUCUAAUGCUACUGCCAAGACACCGGUCUCUGUCUCCGAGUCCAGACGAACCAGCGUAGCGGGCAUCAAAGCUCACAAUGUUAAGCCUUCCUCAAGCUCCAUUGCUUUUGGUUCACUGGCCGAUUUACCAGCUAAAUCGGAUGCGGCAGCUAUCUUAUCGGCUUCUCCCGCAAAUCCUCCGACUCUUUCUGAGAGAAAAGGGCCGCCUGUGUUUGGUUCUGUGCCCACAGAUUCCCGAAAAACGGUCGACAAACCAUCAACUACAUCUGCAGUCACAGUUCCUCCUUCAGCUUCUGUUCCUGCGUCUAAACCUAGUGUCACGAACACAGUUGUCGAACCGGCAGCAAAGAGUGAAAAGAAGAAAAUCAACUUUCAAUCAUUCUUUCAGACAGGAGGAGAAACUGCGCCUCAACCUGCACCACCACCACCACCCUCAAAUGGAUCUUCACAAUCUCCUUCAAUGUCUUAUCGACCGGAUCCUACUCAAAACCGUCGGAAUAACACAUUCGAUUCAACUAACCAGCCUCAUCUACCUCCCGCUUCUCCUCGUCCAACUAAUCUAGGUAUGCCGAAUGGAGCGAACUCGGGCUCCUUCCAUUCUCCGCUUUCUGGCGCAUCUCGGGCCUUUACACCCAGUCAAGGCCAGCCACCGAUGUCACAACCUCCUUCACAGCCACCACAUCAAUAUGGUCCCAAUCCACCACAUUGGCAAAAUGGACCAUCUCCUAAUAGCCCACAUCACAUGACCGGAGCACCACCUCAUCCUAACAUGCCUAACUAUCCUCAUCCUAAUGGUGCUAUGGCUCCUCCGCAUAGUCAUAAUCAGUCACAAUUUCUACAAAAACCUCCGACAUUCCAGCAUCGGAACGGGCCUGGAAAUCAAUCUGCUCCUUCUGGCUCAAUGUAUCCUUCCAACGGGCGCUCCAACAUGCCUCAUCAACAGCGUGGUCCGAUGCAAGCACCUCCUAGCCCUCGAUCAGCUACCUCUGGUGCUCCACCCAGUAAUACUCCAAACGCUCCUUACCCACAUCCACCCAAUAGUCAAGGCGGUAUGAAUGGACCUUAUUGGCAACAAGGUCCUUAUCCACCCUCCGGUCCUGGCCCUGGUUACCCACCUUAUGCUUAUAAUCAUAAUGGGAUGCCUAUAUACCCACAACCCGGUUCCUUUGCUCCGCCUGCGCACGCUCAGCACGCCUCGCCUCAGGUUACCCAUCCACCCGGUCCACCUUCAUCACAGCCUGUCCCGCCGAUCAACGUUUCCCCUUUACCUGCCCAUCCUCCUCGAACUCAUGGUGCUACUCCUAAUUUGGCCGUUCCUACCUCACCCGCGCCCGCCACUACUACGUUUACCGCUCCACUGCCCCAGGCGCCUGCCUUUACUCCUGUUAGCGCGGCUCAUUCAAGAGGACCUUCGCUAUCUUACAACGCGAACCCCUUCAACCCGUCACCGUCUGCCGUCUCACCGGACUUCAAGCCUCGAACACCAAAUGCUGCUGCUCCACCUUUCCAACCUAGGAAGAGUGCUGCAAUUCAAAUCAAAAAGCCGAUCACCCCUACAGGGCUUAGUCAUGACGGCACGCCAAAUCAGGACGAUGGAUCUGUGACAUCUACACCUAACACUGCCUCACUCGCUCCGACGACUUUAGCAAAUCCUCCUGCCGCUUCGGACUCGCCUGUUGAACCCAAGCCCGUUGAAAAAUCAACCGAAACAAAAGUUGAUCAGACUACAAGCAUCAAGACGGAAAAGGUAUCAGCAGAUGCUGGCAAAGUCUCUGCUGCAGCUGAAGCUGAUAAAAAGGAGCAGGAAUUGGCAGCGAAGAAGGCAGCGGAUCUAGCUACUGAGAAGAAACGUGUUGAGGCCGAGCAGAAGGCAGCGGCUGAACUUGAAGAACAACGUAAAGUUGAAGAACAGAAGCGUCUUGAACGAGAAGCCAAGGAGAAGGCCGAUCGGGAGGCUAAGGAACAAGCUGAAAAGGAUGCAAAGGCCAAAUCAGAUCAAAGUGAGAAGGAGUUGAUGGAGAAACAAGCCAAGGCGAAAGACGCGAAAGAUGCCGAGGUAGUGAAGGCGGCUGCAGAAGCUCAAUCUGCAUCGCAGACGAAGCCUGAUAGUCUUUCCACCUCUUCCAAGCCAACUGAGCCUUCGUCAUCAACCGCAACCACAUCCACUCUCCCUGGGCCUACUGCUUCAUCUGGACUUCCGUCAAAACCUGUCAACGGAGUUUCUUUACCAGCCAGCACUGGUAACAAGACACGACCGACACCCAUCGAUGUCAAUGCUGUUCCUUCUCAGAAAGUUAACGCUACUGGUGAGACGAUGAGCCCUUUGCCGUCAGCUUUGUCCUCGGCUAGGAAAAUCGAGGAUCUAGGCCAAGUUUCUUACCCUGAGAAUAUCAAGUCACCUCACCCUGAUCUCAACGCUGAGGCUGCACCAGGCAAAUUCCGAUACGAUCGAGCUUUCCUCUUGCAGUUUAUGGAGGUCUGUAAAGGCAAACCGACCCAAUUACCUGACCUGGAUUCCAUUGGAAUGGUCGACUCACAAUCAGGUUCAAUGAAUCCGAUGUCGCGUACUCAAUCAAUGGGUGGCCAACGUAGGAAUACUGGUCAGAUGACUCCUGGUGGACGAGGACCAUCAGGUUCCCUAACUCCAUCUGGAGGUUCAAUGUCAAGUAUGAUGGGACCUGGUGGGAUCCCUAAUCGAGCCGGUCCUGGUGGCGCUGGAAUGCCCAUGUUCGCUACUGGUACCAACCGAACAAGUGAAGAACGUUUCAGUCAGUCUAACCGUGCAAUCUUGGGAGCUAUCCCAAUAGGAGGCAUAGGAGGUGGCCUCUUGUUACCCGGAAGGCCUACUGGCCAAAUGUCUCGAACACCCAGUGCUAAUGCUCUUCCUGGUAUAAUGACCAACGGGGCUCGUGAUGGUAACCGACGGAGUGGACGUGGUACUCGACGGGACGGUGGUCCUCCCAUGUCCACCAACGCUCCUUCUAGUAACAUGAACCGAGGAAUGCAAAUGCAGUCAAUGUAUCCUACUGAAGUGGUACAGCCUUUACAAUCAUCUGCUAAUAGUUGGGCAACUGCUCGAUCAAAUCAACUCGAAGAGGACUCACCUGAAAUGGUCAAUCGAAAAGUCCGAGCUUUACUCAACAAACUCACAUUAGAUAAAUUUGAAUCGAUUUCAGAUCAAGUGAUUGAUUGGGCAAACAAAUCUGAAAAGGAAAACGAUGGAAGGAUUCUUAGACAAGUGAUUGCAUUAAUUUUUGAAAAAGCUACUGAUGAAGCACAUUGGUCAGAAAUGUAUGCCAAGUUAUGUCGAAAAUUAAUGGAGAAACUUUCACCUGAAGUAAAGGAUGAGAAUGUACUUGAUACGGCUGGUAAUAAAGUACAUGGUGGUCAUCUGUUUAGGAAAUACCUUCUUAAUCGAUGUCAAGAAGAUUAUGAACGAGGGUGGAGCAAGCGAGAUGAAUUGGCAGCUGCAGCUGCAGGUAAAGCAGCAGAUGAUGCGGUUAAACAAGCUGCAAAUGAAAAAUCAAGAGCAGAGGCCGAAGCAGUAGGAAAAGAAACUACCAAAGAAGCCGAAAUCUUAUCAGAUGAAUAUUAUGCAGCUCAAAAAGCCAAACGACAAGGAUUAGGAUUAGUUCGAUUUAUUGGAGAAUUGUUCAAAUUGAACAUGUUAACAGAAAGGAUUAUGCAUGAAUGUGUUAAGAAAUUGUUAUCGAAUAUUGAGAAUCCAGAAGAAGAAGAUAUUGAAUCACUUUGUAGAUUGAUGAUGACAGUUGGAAAGAUGUUGGAUCAUGAAAAAGCUAAUAGUCAUAUGAAUGUAUAUUUCACUAGGAUGACUAACAUGGCACAAAGUAAGAAUCUAACUUCUAGAGCUAGAUUUAUGAUUCAGGAUGUCAUUGAUACACGUAGCAAUCAUUGGGUCGGACGUAACGUUGCGGCUGGACCGAAGCUCAUCUCACAAAUUCAUGAAGAGGCUGCUCAAGCUGCUGCUGAACAAUCUAGACAAGCUCAAGCUAAACAGAAUAUGUCAAAGAUGAAUGAUCUUUCUAGAGGUGGUAGUCGUGGUGGUAGAAGUCGAGAUCAGUUUGGGAAUACUACUUCGGCUGAUGGUUGGUCAUCGGUUGGAAAUGUUGCACCUCCUCCAAGGCCUUCUAAAGCCGGUGAUUUGACUCACUUUGGUAAACUACGAGAUACAUCAUCUUCGGGUCGAAUGACAUUUGGACCCUCAAGUGUAUUUGCGAAUAAAGGAAAAGGGAAAGACGGAAAAGCAAGUACAGAACGAGAUCCAACAGUUGCAGUAGCAUUGAAUCCAUUUGCAUUACUUGGAGCUGAUACAGGAGAAAGUAGUACAAAUACUGGAUCUGGAUUAGUUAAAAAACAAAGUGUAUCUGAAAUGGCACCUACUAGUCGACCACGAUUGAAUUUAGCCCCUAGAACAUUACCAUUACCUGGCAAAUCUGAAGAAGAAGAAACAUCCACCACAACAAGCAAAGGUAAAACAACAGAAGAAGAAAGUAAGGAAGAAGAAGAAGAUAUAGAUGAUUCAACAGCUAAAAGAUUAGUUAAAACCAGAAUAGAUGAAUUCUUUAAUGUGAAAUCGAUAGAAGAAGGAGUAGCCUCAUUUGAAGGAUUGCCUACUAAAAGAUAUUUUGAAUUGAUUCGAGGAUUGAUUGAGAAAUCAAUGGAAAUGAAAUUGGUUCAAGUGAAAUUGACUUGUGAUUUGUUUAAAAGGUUAAUUGAACUUAAAGGGGUGAAGAAAUCGGUUUUUGAAAAGGCUUUUGAACCGGUGAUUGAAUUCUUAGAUGAUACAGUUGUAGAUGCUCCAUCAGCAUAUGAAUUUGCUGGUAGAUUAUUAUCUUCGAUUGGGUUUGAAGAAAGUGAGGUUAAAGUGAUGGGAGAGAAGAUUGAAGCUAUGGAUUUAGAAGUGGCUAAGAAAAGAUUAGUUGAUGGGUUUCUUUUGGCUAAGAAAGAAGCAUGA